AUGAGCUGCCUGGAUGUGAUGUACAAAGUGUUUGGUCCUCAGCCUUAUUUCUCCUCCUACAGCCCCUAUCACCACCAGAAACUGGCCUUGUAUACCAAAAUGCAAGACCCCCAGGACAGCGGCAGCCGGCUCGGCCCCGCAGGCCCCCCGGCCAUCAAAGAGGAGGACAAGGAGCUUCCACCGGGAGCCGAGUACCUGAACUCCCGUUGCGUCCUCUUCACUUACUUCCAGGGAGACAUCAGCGCCGUAGUGGACGAGCACUUCAGCCGAGCCCUCAGCCACACAACUGUGUACCCUGCCUCAAGCAGCCACAAGGCCAUAAGAGAUGGAUCGUUCCCAAUGAGCCAGAGAAGUUUCCCUCCGUCUUUCUGGAACAGCUCCUACCAGCCGUCGGUCUCCUCCUCAUUGGGCAGCGCUAUGUCGGCUCCCCACACAGAGCUCCCGUUCCCUGGGGACCCGUACUCCUCCGCCUCCUUGCACAGCCACCUCCACCAGCCCAGCCCUGACUCCUGGCACCCGUCCCAUCACCACCACCAUCACCACCACCAUCCAUACUCACUAGGAAGCCAGAGCUCAGCUUACCCACGUCCGGGGGUUCACGAGAUGUACGGCACAGCGUUCGACCCGCGGUACAACUCUCUGCUGGUGCCAUCGGUGAGGUCCCAUCACCGCCUGCCGUCCGGCAGCUCGGUACCGGGGCCCAGCGCUUCGCCCUGUGACCUGGGAGGGAAGGGGGAGUCUGGAACAGGUUCGGCCUGGAGCGGCGCCUUCACCGGAGCAGAGAUCGGACUCAAUAUGGACACAGCUCGGUGUUACGGAGGCCUGUGCAGCAGCACCGCAGCCCUGUUGAGCUGA